AUGCUGCUGCUGCUGCUGUGGGCUCCUGGCUGCCGGCGCGCCGCCGGCACAGCCCCCGCCGCCGCAGCCUGGCUGCGGGGCGCCGCUCACGGCCGCUUCCACAGCGCCUGCCGCCGCCGGGCGGGGCCGGCCGCCGCCGCGAGGCCCCAGCAGGUUACAUCUUUCCAAGGAAUAGCUGUUCGCAGCCUCUGCUCAACGUCCCCUCAUGAACACCCAGAACAUGGAAGAUUAGUUUAUAAAGGAAAUUUGGCAAAGGCAGUGUUAGGUGUGAAGUUUUUCUCAUACUCCACCAGCAUAUUCAACCUGUUCAUGAUGCCCUACAUCAUGCUGAAAACUGGGAUUGGGUUUGACAGCGUGCUACUAGAAGCUGCCUUUUAUGGGGUGAUUGGGUUUUUCACCUUUGUGACACCAGUGACUCUCCAUGUCCUUACCAAGGGCUAUGUGGUUCGGCUCUAUUACAAAGAUGAGGUAGACACCUAUACAGCCAUCACCUACAAUGUCAUCUUGGCAGAAAAAGCAACUGUUUUCCAUCAGAAAGAUGUAAAGAUUCCAGACAUCACCAAGAUGUUUACAACAUUUUAUGCUAAGACAAAGUCAAUGCUUGUGAAUCCAUCACUUUUCCCUAAUAUUCAGGAUUACAACCAUCUCAUGGGCUAUGACAAAUCCUUGUACUUUAAAUUAGAGGAGGAAAAGGAAGCUGAGGAAAAGAAAUGAUUUGAAGAUCAUGAAUGUCAGUAGCACCGUUGAUGGUGCAGUGCUAUAUAUAUGAAUGUAAAAGUCUAUUACAUUUUCUUAAGUACCAGAUAGAGUUUUCCCAAUGCAGUUUGGAAUGUAGAACAAAACAGCAUUUUUUUAAAAAUCUUGUAAACAGUGUGGAGGGUUCUUCAGAGUUAAUGGCACCAAGCACAGUAAAAGAAAAAGCUCUUAGCUCUGUGUUGUGCUUGGUUUUUCUUGUUAACUGCAUGGGCUGUGGGUAAUCUCACCAUCCCCACUUUCAAAAGGAACCAUUCAUGUAAGAAAAGUCAUCAAUAUUCAUUACCUGUCAAGUGCAUAGUUAAAGUUUUAGGCCUUAAAGAUUAUAUGUAACCCAAAAACAUCUGGCUUUCUUGUCAGUGCUGCUGGUGGUAUAAAGGGACUGGAGCUGGCUUUCGCUUCCCUUUGUGAGAGCGUUGGCAGCCAGGAGGAGUCUGCAGAAAGCCAGAUAGGUAUUGUUGCUAGGCCCUACUGCAGUCUCCUUCAAGAGGCCUGCAGGCUUGUGGAGAAGACAGGGAGAAUGGCUGCCUUGCAAUAGUUUAGCCACUCAUGGCUACUAAAUGGUUUCUUAGGCUGGAGUCCCACUCCAAGCAACUCAGUCCCUAGAGGUGGAGACCAAGAAGCCUCUCUGUUGAGCAGGAGAAAGCACCUUAGCAUGAGAUUUGCUCUGUGACUGUCCCCUUGGUUGCUGUAUUUGAACUGACUUAAAUACUGGUUGUUAAAAUGGAUUCUUGUCUGCAUUUGUGUGAGGUGAGGAAGCAAAAGGGAAUCUUGAAGGGUACUGUUUAGAUCUUGUGCUUUUAAAAAACAUACCUCUUGAUCUUUAGCACUGCAAAGACAGCCACCUUUUAGCUCAAGUGAGAAACAGGAGUAGAUUUUUUGUGUGUGUGGGUGACUAGAUUGGUUAACUGCACUCUUGAGAAUGCUGAAAUUGCAAUUUAAAUGUUUUUAGCCCAAGGAGAGGAUUGUUACAGACUUAACAGGUAUUUGUUUUCAGAUCAUAAAGGGCCUAAAUAUUUGGAGGCUUAGAAAUGACUCAAUUAAAAAAAAAGGCAAAACUCAGAUUUAUCCUUUUCUAUUAGCAAUGCCCUUUGUAAUGAGAAAAUCUGAUGUGUGCUACUAAUAUUAAAUCAUCCUGAGACUGCAAAUAAAGUAAUUAUAGCUAACUUUCCAGAUACUUCCUAAGUUCUAGCUGAAAAAAUGCAUUUAAGGGCCUGAAUGUCUUCCAGAUCCCAUUAAAACAUCAGAGUUUGUAAAUGUUGGUUUUAUGACUGUUGGAACUGCUGUCAGUGUAUUUGCUGAAUAGUUAAAAAGCCAAACAUCUCCUCCAGAUAGUUUUGAGGGACUCGUUUUGUUGGCACAGCUAAUUCGGCCCUGGAAAGCCAGGAUCAGUUCACAGGUAACUACAAUAUAUUCAAGAAUUAUUUCCAUGAAUGAUACUGAACUGCAAUGUCAGUAACAAGCAAUUCUCCUCUGGUUGUAGGACUUGUCUGUACUGAAAUGCUGUUUAACACAUCAUUAAAUCA